GCUUGUCUUAUCUGAUCGAUUGAUCGGAUUUCAUUGGUUUUCAUUCGACAAUAGCCAUGCGGUCCCGGAUGUGACAACUAUUUUCGAAGUGUGAGUUCGUAUGAAAAGGUGGGCAGGCAUGGUAUGAAGUAACUGUGCUCCGUAUCUAUGGGGAAGGACGAGGCGUAGAGGUGGUCCGUUCUUUCUUGUCAUAUCCUGAUAUAAAUAUGUACUCCACGGAAGUCGUGAUAUGUAGUCUUUGAAUACUUUGCCAUUCGGUGUGUUCUUUUCCAUUUUGGCUAACGUUGCACAUCUCUUUCUUUCUCUUGGAACUUUGAGAUUCGUUUUGAUUUUACUGUAUUCGUACAAACAGUCGGGAACACAAUUCGCUUGACUUAAGAAGAUCAGUGUCUUCCAAUUCCCCAAACUAUGGCUCCCUCCAUCGCAGAACUUCCGUCUUCCCCCUCGACUACUGUCAAGGAAGCUCCUAUAUCUACCACUUCUGGGCGCGGCAUCUUCAAUGCAGAAGUACAACCUCCGGAAGCCUCUGCAGUUCCAAUAUGGCAAUCCAUCGCUACUCGUCGCCAGCAAGAAAUCAACUCUUCUAUUCCUUCGGAAUGGCUUCUUCCAACAGGCCUCCUCCAAUCUAAACGUCCUCUCGAUCUAGUAAAAACAUGCGGUUUGUUGGAUGAAAGAGAGGUGAAGAUUGUGUACAGUGCUGCUGUGGAUUUGCUCGAGAAAAUGAGAACGAGAGAGUAUACAGCUGUGGAAGUUACAACGGCGUUUUGUAAAGCGAGCGCUGUUGCCCAUCAAGCGACAAACUGUCUCGCUUGGACGAUGUACCCCAGCGCCCUCUCCCACGCCGCCAAACUCGACGCUCACAUGUCCCUAACCGGGACUCCCAUCGGGCCCCUCCAUGGUCUUCCCAUCUCCGUAAAAGAACACGUCUACCUCAUCGACACACCUUCCACAUCUGGUUUCGUAGGCUGGGCCGAUAACUUCUGUACUUCCUCUGCCCAAGAAGGAAUGUGCAUCCAAGUCCUCCGCGACAGCGGCGCAGUCUUUCACGUCAAGACUACUAAUCCCCAAGGGCUCAUGGCUCUCGAAACACAAUCAAAUCUCUAUUCAACCACUACCAAUCCUCUCAAUACCUUCCUCUCCCCAGGUGGUUCAUCAGGUGGUGAAUCCGCCCUGGUAGCCAUGCACGGGUCGAUUCUCGGAAUUGGCACCGACAUCGGAGGGAGCAUUCGAAAUCCCGCCCUGAGUUGCGGUAUCUACGGACUCAAACCCAGUGUGGCGCGACUUCCACAUUCCGGACUCUCCGGCGCACACGACGGAAUGGAAAGUGUGAUUGGGGUUGUGGGACCCAUUGCUACAUGUUUGGCAGAUAUGGAACUGUUUUGCAAAACGCUCUUGGAUGCGCAGCCCUGGAGACAGGAAGUUGGAUUACUACCCAUUCCAUGGGGAAGUCGCGAAGCUAUCGCUGCCGAGAAAGAAGAGAACAGGAAAUUGAAAAUCGGUAUCAUAUACACUGAUGGAGUACAUACUCCUCAUCCACCCAUUACCCGUGUUCUGCACUCUACGGAGUCAGCACUCAAAGAUGCAGGACAUGAAAUCAUUCCCUUCCCAACACAUCUGCACUCUCCUAUCGUCUCUACUGUCAAUGCAUUAUACCUCCUAGACAGCGGCGCCGAAUAUCUUUCCCACCUCUCUCUAACCUCUGAGCCUCCCACCUCAUUACUCCAAUGGCUUUUAGAAGAAGAGACCACGAAAAAUCGUAGCAUUCCCGAACAAUGGAAGUUACAUAAGGAGAGAAACAGGCUUCAAGACGCAUAUGCGAAAUUGAUGUUGGAAACGGGUGUAGAUUGUAUCAUAGCGCCAGGGGGUGUGACGGUAGCGAAUGCACAUGAAGAGGCGAAGUACUGGGGAUACACGAAUGUGUAUAACGGGUUAGAUCUACCGGUUGCCUGUUUGCCUGCUGGAGAGGUGGAGGAGGGAGAUGCGUGGGGCGAUGAAAAUGAAAAUAAAAUUGCAAAAACGCAUAUGGAAGCUCUGUGGGGCCCUGGAAAAGAAGGAGCGCAAAAAUAUGAAGGAGGAAGUGUAGGAUUACAGAUUGUUGGAAGGAGGUUGGAGGAGGAAAAGCUAUUGAAGAUGACCAAAAUAAUUGAGAGGGACUUGGGAUUAUCUGGGCCCAACUAGAAGAAAGAACUCGAAGGUAAUGUGAAAAUGAAGAUUAGAGAUCAAAUCUGAGAUAUCGAAGUGAUUCAGAUUUUUUUAGAAGAACA